AUGACUUCCUCCGCUAGCUCCAGCCAACCUUCCCUAUCUCGUCGCUCGUCCUACAACCGCCACAUCCGAGUCAGCUCUGGCUCGUCGAGUGCCAGUGCAUCGAGCUCUCGUCCUCGCUCAUCCCGCGGCCGAAGCAUCUCGCCACUGAACCCUGCCAAGGAGGAAGCUGCUGUGCAGAUGGCUGCCAAGCGUGCCUCGACCUCGAGCGUGGGCUCGACCGUAUCUUCGACCUACUCGGUCUCUUCGUCCGAGUCCAAGGAGGCCAACACCACCGCUGCCACCUCUCUUUCCGCUUCGACCUCUACUAGCAAGAUUCCCGCCGACGUUCGCGCGAUGCUCUUUGAGGAAGAGUACCAAGAAGAGGUGAUCGAGCACAUGCACCACAUGGAGCUGCAGACCAUCGCCGCCGUCGAGCUGAUGGACGUUCAGCCCGAGCUCAAGUGGUUCAUGCGCCCGUACCUCGUCGACUUCCUCAUCGAGAUCCAUCAGACCUUCCGCCUGCGACCCGAGACGCUGUUCCUGACGAUGAACAUCGUGGAUCGCUACGUCUCGAAGCGCAUCGUCUACAAGCGCCACUACCAGCUUGUGGGCUGCGCUGCGCUCUUGAUCGCUGCCAAGUUCGAGGAUGCCAAGGACCGUGUCCCCACCGUCAAGGAGCUCAGCCAGAUGUGCUGCAACGCCUACGACGAGUCGGCCUUUGCUCAGAUGGAAGGCCACGUGCUUUCGACCAUCGGCUGGACCCUCGGCCACCCCACCGCCGAAUCGUGGCUCCGAAUCGAGAGUGUCCGUGGCGGCGAGGACCUCAAGACUGUCAACCUGGCGCGCUUCUUCCUCGAGGUCAGCCUUUUCCACCGCGACUUUAUCUCGGUCAAGUCGUCUGCUCUGACCAAGGGAGCUCUGAUUCUUGCACGAUUCAUCUGCGGACUGCCGCAGUCGGCCAAGCUUCUGCCCACCGACGAAGCGGCCAAGGCAGCGCACAUGCUCGACGCCUACGUCUCGGAGAACCUGCAGGACCUUUCGUUGAUCCUGAUCAAGAAGUACUCGUACGCCUACUUCUCGAGUGCCUCGACGGUGGUGUGCGACUGGUACCGCGCCCGUGUGGAUGCGGCCAAGUCGGCACCGCCCUCGGGCUUGCUGCCCGCGCAGCUUGUCACCCGUGACGCCGAUGCCGGUGCGCAGGAGGCAGACGACGACGAGUCGAUGCCCACCACGCCCGCCUCGUCAUUGCAAUCGACACCGUCGCGAUCGAUGGACGAGGACGAAGAUGAGGACGACGAGGACGACAUGCCCGUCACGCCUCUUUCGCUCUACUCGUUGCACGACCCCUUAGUGGCAGCUGCCAACGCUGCUGGUCUGCCCGUCCCUAUGCCCUCCUCGCGUGCCUCGGUGCAGGCCAAGGAGAAUCGCAUGUCGAUCGGCAGCGCCGAUACCGCCAGCACAGCCUCGCCAACCAGCAAGAACUCUCACGUGUCAGUGCAGCAGCCUGUGCUCGGCGCCAGGCAGCCGCUCGGCAACGUCGUCUGGAACGUCAACGUCCAGCAGUUCUGA